CCAAAUAAGGUCAUAUCUAUAUUUAGAACACGACCAAUGCAUUCAUAAAUAAAGCUGUUUCAAGAGAACUGUAUCAAGAAUAUCCCAACAGUUGAAAUGGCAGCUGAGCCUCAAGAGUAUGAAGGCAUACGUGGACAAAGUAUUCUUGAGUUUGAUGACGCUAGAAAAAAAAACCCAAAAAAGCCAGCAAAGCCAACAAGGGAGGACGUACGUGAACUCCUUGAAACAAAAAUAUUUAUAUUCAACUUCUCGUUUAAUGCGGUUGGGUCUAACAAAGGAUUGAGCGAAGAGGUGAAGCAGACAAUACCGUACAAAGCAAUUGCUGACAUUCUCUAUACUAAUUAUGGGCUUUACAAGAUACAGUCAGGUGAAGAGAGGGAUUACUCGCUCACACCACAAACUUAUGUGGCUUACAUCAAAGAAACAAGAGAGAAAGGUAUAGCUGCUGCUAAAAAGAUUAUUGUUGAUGCUAAGAAGACAAUUAUGGGCAAUUACUCAGACAAAGUUGCUGAGGUCCACAUAAUAGCUUCACUAGCUAUUGUGUACGAUGAUCAACACCGCCCUAGUAAGACCAUCACUAUACGCAAUUAAACUAUUAAUAACUAUUAAUUACUGAACUAUUAAUAACUAUUCAUAAAUAUUAAUUACUGCACUAUUAAUUAAUAACUGUAAUUAUCUAUAAUUAAUACUUACCUAA